UGGUACCGUGCAGCAUCUGAGUCUAGCCGAAGAGAAGCUAUAUCUGGUGCCAACCAAUCAGUAUAUGCUCCAGAACCAUAUGAUGUGGGACGAGUAAUACAAGCAGAUAUUCUUUGUAACGGUCACAAGUUCACUGUUACAACAGACGGUCCAAUUAAUACUGCUUCUGGCUUGCAAUCACGUGUGGAAUCUCUCCUGCGAAAAUCAAACAGUGAAUUCACUGUGGUUAUAUCACAAAUGAAUGGGCAAGAUCAUGUAUCACGAUCCCAUGUAUUUACUGUAGGAAAGGCGAGGGUAAAGCUAUCUAGAGGAUGGAUCACAAAGGCUAGAGAAAUAUAUUCAAACUCUAUGCAGUUAUGUGGAGUGAGAGGCAAUGCUAAUGCUCCUGCAAAAGCAUUGUUCUGGCAACCAAGAAAGGGUUUAAGUUUCUUACUAACUUUUGAGUCAGAACAAGAACGUAAUGCAGCUAUUGUUCUCUCCCGGAAAUACGCAUACGAUUGCAAUGUUACUCUGGUUGGGCCAGACGAUUGA